AUGGCGUCUUCUACAUCGAAUUUGGUUCCUUUCCACCUCAAACAGGAGAAAAACUUUCGUAAUCCACAUAAGGACUUUUACACAUUCGCGGUAGAUGUCACAUGCCGCGCGGACACCCUUAAUCACGAGGGCUGGCGCCUGACAGUUCCUGCAUUCACCGGGCGCGCAAAACUCAAACCCGCAGGGCCAUCUACUAGUGAUGGGAGUGGGAGGUUGAAACGGCUGAUGCCUGGAUGGCGUCAGGCCCCGAAGACGUCCGCAUGUACGUCAGCACUGACCAAUCCCACCCCCGGUUCUUAA